CCGCCACAGUAAACAUGGAGUCGAUCUUCCACGAGCGGUUUCGUCAUAUGACCAGCAGCAGGGAUGUGGUCCCAGAGGGAGAGAAGCUGGUGUUUAGUCUUGAGCUUCUUGUGCAGGAAGGGCACGAGCUGGAGGCGGCUUCCGGAUUCCACAGAAGCCUGGCUGUACAGACAGUGGAGCUUUAGUAACUCACUGCUCAACUGAGUGAUGAAGCCAUAGGAAGAUUCUGGAGUAAAGGGAACUUUCGAGGUUUCAGCUCAAGAAGGCUCAUUGUGUGCUCAGCAUUGUCUGAAUAAUUUGCUGCAAGGUGAAUACUUCAGUCCUGUUGAGCUAUCCUCUAUUGCACAGCAACUGGAUGAGGAAGAAAGGAUGAGAAUGGCAGAGGGAGGAGUAUCUAGUGAAGAAUACAGAACAUUUUUACAGCAGCCUUCUGUAAAUAUGGAUGAUAGUGGAUUCUUCUCAAUUCAAGUUAUAAGCAAUGCCUUGAAAGUGUGGGGUUUAGAACUAAUCCUCUUCAACAGCCCAGAGUACCAGAGACUUGGGAUCGAUCCUAUAAAUGAAAAAUCAUUUAUUUGUAAUUAUAAGGAACACUGGUUUACAGUUCGAAAGUUAGGAAAACAGUGGUUUAACUUGAACUCUCUCUUGAUGGGUCCAGAACUAAUAUCAGAUACAUAUCUUGCACUUUUCUUGGCUCAAUUACAACAGGAAGGUUAUUCCAUAUUUGUAGUAAAAGGUGACCUGCCAGACUGUGAGGCUGAUCAGCUGCUGCAGAUGAUUCGGGUACAGCAAAUGCAGCGACCAAAAUUGAUUGGCGAAGAGGCAGCACAGUCAAGAGAUCAGAGGCUACCCAGAAGUGACGUGGACCAAGCAAUAGAAGUUAACCAUCCCUUUGACGGAACAGGCAUGUUAGAUGAAGAUGAAGAGAAUUUUCAGAGAGCCCUGGCUCUAAGUAGGCAGGAAAUUGAUAUGGAGGAUGAAGAAGCUGAUCUUCGCAGAGCCAUUCAGCUCAGCAUGCAAGGUAGCCGUCGAAGUGAACUCUCAGGCUCAUUACCACAGAAUGUGCCUCAGUCAUCUCACAGCAGUCAGACAGACUCCCUUUCUUCAGAAGAACUGCGAAGGAGAAGACAAGCCUAUUUUGAAAAACAGCAACAACAGCUACAGCAGCAAGAUCAGACUCCAAACCUAAAGGACAAAGCACCUCUUAGUUCAAGCACUGCAGAACCUGGUGCAGGAGGUGAUAUGAGUGAAGAAGACAUGCUUCAAGCAGCCAUGAAUAUGUCUCUGGAGUCUGUCAGAAACCACUUGAAUUCAGAAGAGGAGAAAUAACAUCAUUUUUUUCCAUCUUAUUGUCAAAACGUUAAGUCUCAAUUAAAAUUCUACUGUGUGGAUGUUGCACAAGCAGGGUUCAUUUCAGAGCUGUGGAAGCAAGAAUGAAAGGGGGGCUGCUGGAGGUCAGUUUAGAGAGGAUCUGCAAAUACAAAAAAGAUUGCACUAAUUUAGAGAACUGUAGCACUCCUA